GAGCACACUGCACACCACUACGCACUACCCGAGCGCGCCAACUCACCACCACCACCAAGCGCGCGCGCUGGAAAUGGCGGUGGCGCCCUUGUUUGCCCUCCUAGUCCUGUUCCUCUCCGGUCCCCGCCGAUGCGCCGCCGCCGCCGCCGCCGCCGCCGCCGCGGCCUCGCCGUCCUCACCUUCCCCGUCCCCGCGACCCGCACCGCUGGUCCCGGCGCUUUUCGUAAUCGGCGACUCAACGGCCGACGUAGGCACCAACAACUAUCUGGGCACGCUCGCCCGCGCCGACCGCGAGCCCUAUGGCCGGGACUUCGACACGCACCACCCCACGGGGCGCUUCUCCAACGGCCGCAUCCCCGUCGACUACAUCGCUGAGCGACUGGGCCUCCCCUUCGUGCCUCCCUACCUUGAACAGAGCAUGCGCACGGGCGCCGGCGGCGUUGGCCUCACAAACAUUGAUGGGAUGAUACAAGGCGUCAACUACGCGUCGGCGGCAGCCGGCAUCAUCUCCAGCAGUGGCUCUGAGCUUGGAAUGCAUGUAUCGCUGACCCAGCAGGUGCAGCAGGUCGAGGACACAUAUGAGCAGCUAUCACUGGCUCUUGGGGAGGCGGCAGCGGGCAACCUAUUCAGGAGGUCCGUGUUCUUUGUGUCCAUCGGGAGCAAUGACUUCAUCCACUACUACCUUCGCAAUGUGUCUGGUGUCCAGAUGCGGUACCUCCCUUGGGAGUUCAACCAGCUCCUUGUAAGCACAAUGAGACAAGAAAUCAAGAAUUUGUAUGACAUCAACGUUCGCAAGGUCAUACUGAUGGGCCUACCUCCUGUUGGUUGUGCACCUCAUUUCCUCGAGGAGUAUGGCAGUCAAACUGGGGAAUGCAUCGAUUAUAUCAACAAUGUAGUGAUCGAGUUCAACUAUGCCCUGAGACACAUGUCUAGGGAGUUCAUCAGCCAGCAUCCAGAUUCCAUGAUCAGUUAUUGCGACACUUUCGAGGGGUCUGUGGACAUACUAAACAAUCGUGAGCAUUAUGGUUUUGUCACCACAACUGAUGCUUGCUGUGGGCUGGGCAAGUAUGGAGGCCUGAUCAUGUGCGUUCUUCCACAAAUGGCGUGCAGCGAUGCAUCAAGCCAUGUCUGGUGGGAUGAAUUCCACCCAACAGAUGCUGUCAACCGCAUCCUGGCAGAUAAUGUGUGGUCCAGUCAGCAUACCAAGAUGUGCUAUCCUUUGGACCUGCAGCAGAUGGUAAAACUGAAGCUGUAGAAACCAGUCUGGACUGACUUGUUUAACACGCGUUUCAAAGAACCUACAAGAGGUGACAAGCCGAAUGGAAAUGUAUAGAUCUGUGAAUUACAAAUACUUAUAAGGAUAGGCUUGUCAGUUUUAGAUAUCUCAGGUUACAUGAAAAGCAUGAUGUUGUUCCUUGGUAUGUAGAUGCAAUGUAGGGGAUAUAUAUGGUCAAACUGGAACACAUGCUGUCAGGUUUAUAUAGGUGCUAAUGAGUGAUGAAUAAUCUCGGUGACAGAAAGCUCAUUUGAGAUUGUACCUG